GGGUAGGAGCACACGGGUUUGGGUUUGCGGAGACUCCGGGAUCCAUGUCGCAGAAACCGCUCAGUACCACCGCCGCAGAGCGCAUGAACCUUGUGGCCCAGGACGAGAUCUGGAAAUACCGUCUGAAGGCCGAAAGUGAAGCCCGGCAAAACUGGCCGUCGAAGUGGGGAUAUUUAACAACCUCCAUGAAAGAGCUGCUCGAGGGUGACGAGGAACCACAUACCCCAAAGCCCAAGGUCGAGCUGCCCAGCCACUUCCGUGUCCAUCCAGUGAGCCCCUUGGAUAAAUACAUCAAGAUUCUCCCAUCGCCCCCAGUCCCAAAGACCACCCAGGGCUUCAUCGGGUGGCGAUCUGGUCUGCCCCUGUACUGCUUGGAGAAGUACACAGAGAUCCGCAGCUGCAAAGGGGCUUACGCCCGAGACCUGCGCUGGCCUAAGCAAGGCGUGCACUGAGCACCACCAGCGUCUGCCUGGGGCAGGCUGUGUGCUGUGCCUGGGUGAGCAUCCCUGAUGUUUUGAAGAACAACAGGUUGCUUGGGCAUCGUCAUUUGUUGGCAUUUCUGGCAUUGCCAGCUAACGUAAAGUAAAACAGAUACCCUGGUUUA